AUGGAUAAACUUUUAGAAGAAUUACAAACUAUCAGUAAAGUAACAGGGUCAAUAGAAAAGACAAUUCAAAAGAAAAACGCAAGAAACAAUCUGUUUAAGCAAAUUUAUUAUUGUCACUUCAAUACAAGACGAAGAAAAACUACCAAGGAUUUAAAGAAAAAAAGCUCAAGAAACAUCAAUUGUCCAGCAAAAUUAAUUUUAACUUUAAAGAAAAUCAUUCCUAUGUCCAAGUCUAAAGCCAACAAUUCAUUGAAUAAAAUCGACAAAGAAUAUCCUUGUUUAUUAGAAUUUCGGAACUAUCACAAUCAUAGAUCCGAUGUGCGAGAAGCUCUACGUACCAGACCUUUGGGUGAAGAUACAAAAAAUGCUAUACUUGAGUUAUUUCAAAGAGGGCAUUCUGUAGCAUCCGCUUAUCACACGUAUUGUACCACGAAAAUGGAAGAAUUGGGUGAUUAGUAUAGCGAUAAAAUAAGCGAUCGUCAUUAUUUCCUGACAAAAACCGAUGUGCGAACACUCUGGACUAGUAACUUCAGAUAGCAAUAUGGCGAGCGCAGUGGUCAAGAAAUGUUAAAGAAGUUGGAAGAUGUGUUAAUGUCGGAAAAUUAAAGAAAUGGGACAUUGUUCAAAGUGUGUACUCUCGGCGAAAACCAUUCCAUUGAAAUAAAUACCCCCAUAAUGCAAAGAG